CGUCAGGUAUGGAGGAGGUGGAAGAUGCUCACAUGUGUCUCCGCUGUCGUGCCACCAUCGUCGGCCUCAACAACUACGUUAGUCACAGGCAGGCGGGGUGUGUCGCCUCCACCACAUCCCAGAAGAGGAAGCAGCUUGAACAGGAGCCACCAACAGAAGACGAGGGUAGAGAUGACUACAGGAAGGAGGACGACUCGCAGAAGACCGACAGUACCCGGGAGACAGCUGUACGGUACUCGAGCAGCAAAAACCCCUUUCCACACGACGACUCCAAAAUCACAAGCCACGAGGGAACUCAUGAGACUUUGGCUCAUCACGGGGAAUAUUUAGACGGUUCUAAGUAUGAUUCAUCAACCUCGGUAACCCUGAGAGACUGUUAUGUCGAGCAGCCCACACAGACAACAGAAGACCCACCUGUCACUAGGGCUGAGGUGGGGCACCUCCACGACUCCUACACAGUCAUGGAAGAGUUCACCACCUCCAUGUCGCAGCAACACACCGAACCUCAGAUGAGAAAUAGUCAUUCCUCACUGAAAUCUAAACCCCAGGAAUCUCUCUCACUCAAUCAUAGACCGAACACUUCACAGGCUCCCUUCACUGGCUACGGCGACCCUCUUCUGCCUCACAGCCAGGAGUCAGCCAAUAUGACACUCUUCAGACACUUUGACUCAUUCAGCGACCACAAUAAAAUCCAACACGAAGGGGAGUCAGAAACUCACAGUGAAGCCAUUGCGUUAUUUAAAGUGGCGUCCACGUCAUAUGAGCUUGAAAGUCAGAAUUUUGAGUCGAGGUAUUCUGAUUUUUAUUCCCUUCAGCCUGCCCCCCAGGAGCCUCUGCUGACCACUGUCCCGACACUCGAGCAAUGUAAAGCUAAACAGGAAACACAAACUGUUCACAAAAUCGAAGAUAAUGUUGAAAUUGAAAACACUAAAGAGAAAGAACUAGACAGGGAGAAGAGGAGGGAUCAGGAAAUACGAGGCAGUGACUCAGAGUUUAGAGAAGGUGACCUUAAGUACAGCGAGACUCACAUGUCACCGGACAACGAGCACACUGCUCAGGAAAAGUCGGAACUGCGACAAGACGAUUUUCUUUCAUCUCUUGAGCUCAGGAGUAAAGCACCGGCGAAGAGACGGCACGAGGAUGACGAGGAAGAGUUUGAUGAAGAUGAUGACGAUGAAACCGGGCCUCCACAUCACCACACCGGAGGUAAAUGGAGACCAGGAAGCCGACCCCCGCCAUCUGUUGGAGGCAAGUGGAGACCAGCCACACCAAAGAACGAACUGGAAGAGGACGAAGAGAUGGAAGAAGAUGAUGCAGAGGAAGAUGAAGACUCACUCAUGCCACCUCCCCCAACAUACACUAAAGGAAAGUGGCUUCCCGGUAAAAAAAUGACUAACAUUAUAAAAGUUGGAAGCAGCGUGGAGUACCACUGCCACGCCUGUAACCGGACCCUCAAGGGUAAGGAGACUUAUGAGCGUCACUUGAACUCAGAACUCCACUUCGUCAACGAGAACAAGGCGUCAGGGAGGAAGGCAACUAAAAUCUGUAAAGAAGUUACUCCUACAUUAGUUUCCGGCAGACCCGUCAGAUCAACAAAAUUGAAGGCGCAGAACUUUCUCAAGUCGACCAUCGCACAGUUGAAGAGCAGGAAGAUUGUUUCUGUUGAUGACAAAAAGACUAACCAGACCUUAAAGAGAGCUACUGGCAAUACGUAUAAGAAUGCAAAUGAAACUCUGACGGAGAGUAAGUUACUCUACGCGCAGAAAGAAGUGAAACAGGAGCCAAAUGUAGACGAGGAGGAGGAAGAGGUAAAGAAAGUUUCACUAUGUACUCCCAAAUUAUUAUGUCCCAUUUGUAAACUGUCCUUCGGCGAGGCUUACGCAGCGCUGCACUUUGCUUCUCUGGCUCACAUCCACAACGAACUGGAGUAUAGGCAGAGCAGGUGUGAGGAAAUUGAUUCUAACUUUAACCAAAUACUUCUGCAGAACUUCAGCGCCAUUGUCAAAACUUCGCCGUUUCAUUGCAGCGGCUGCAAGUUUUACUGUAACUUGCAAGAAGAUUUUUUAGUUCACAUGAAAACCCAUGUUGACGACCCUGAAGACGAUGAAGUGAAGACUCUGUUUUCCUGUUCUGCUUGUACUGACGAAGAAGAGAUGCGGCUGUCGGGCAUCCUUCGGCACCUGCAGACGCCUCACCACCUGGACAACGCACGAGACACAGUACUGCAGGCGCGCCAGGUGGUACUGAGCAGCAGGACGGGGGUGGUGUGUCCACUUGGGGACGGAACCUUCAGGUACAUGCGGGAGUACCGGACACACCGGAGGGUUCAUCAUCAGGAACCUGGCUUUCAGCUCAAUGAUCACCGGCUCCUUCGCUGCCCUCAGUGCAGCUUCAAGGCGCUGCGUGAGCGGCAAAUCCGUACACACAUUCGGGAAACUCACGAUACAUCGAGCGGUAAAAGCCAUUCCUAUCACUGUUUUGUCUGUGGCCUCGCCUUCUCGACCCAUAGGCAGGCUGAGCUACACAGGCGGUCGGCUGAGCAUCGGACAACAUUGGGACGACAGCGCGGCCUCUCCGUGGUGAGGACGUGCAGUCUAUGUUACGUGGAGGUGGAGGACCUCCCUGCACUCCGGCGACACAUGUGUCAGGAGCACCAGAAGGACUGCACGCCAUGUCACUUGUGUGGUGUUGUGCCCCCACUCCGUUCUGACUUGGCUCAGCACCAGCGGGUGUGUCGAGGCGUACCUGGCGACCUGAUGGGGGACCACAAGUGCGACCUGUGCACUUUCAAGAAUGACCUGUUAGCUCACGUGCUCACACACAAGACGCUCGCACAUGGCCAGCGUGGACCUGACGGCCGGCACGCCUGCCAUAUAUGCAAGACCAACCUCCGGCUCUCCUCCGUCAAGGGCCACAUGUUGAACCACAGUAAUGAGUGGCCACACCCCUGCCACCUUUGCUCCAGGAAGUUUCCCCAGCAGGUGUGGCUUGAGAGGCACUUAUCAGUAGUCCACACCCACGGCGGCAGCUCCCACGGCCCCGCCCUUUGUGACACCUGCGGCAAGACACUUUCUAACAGAUGGCACUUACAUCGGCACCAGGUAGAGGCCCACACGCAUUCCGCCCCUGCAGCACCAUCUGACCAGCAGGACCUGGAAGCAUCAGACCCUCGCCAGGAACUUGAAUCUUCUUCCUCUGAGCGCGGCCGCAGGAACAAGAGGACGAUGGUGCCCCACCCUCCCUCCCCGUCCCCGGUGCUGUGUGAUGUGUGUGGUGUCCAGUGCGAGUCUCCCAGCAUGCUUAAGAUGCACCGGCAGGGCCACAAGCGGAGUGCGGGCGACAAGUACGACUGUCCCCACUGUAACUACUCCACCGCUCAUCUCCCUCACCUCCGCCGCCACCUGCGCCUCCACACUGGCUCCACGCCCUUCUCCUGUCCCUACUGCGCCUAUGUUUGCAAUAAUCAGGAGAACCUUCGUAAACACAUGUUGAAGACCAAGUGCCACCCUGGAAGGUUCAUGUACGAGUGCCGUCUGUGUGACCCUCUUCAGCAUCCUCCUCCAGCAGGCGACCACGGCAUCCCAGCCUCACACUCCCUCAACCUUACAGCAUCUUCCUCUAGGUCUCUGGAUCCUGGAACAUCAUCAGCUUCUCAACCUCUGGAAACUGGAAACUCAAAACUAAUGGAGUUUGGAGUGUCUAAGUCUUUGGGUAUUGAGGAGACACAGCCGCUUGGUCAAGAAGUGCCACUCUCUUUUGGCACGACCUCACACAACCUGGAACGUCACAUCUUUAAGAGUAACUACGCGACGGAGUUCCAGGCUCACCUGCUGGAGAAACAUAGAUCAUCAUUUCAGACAAAGGAGGACAUAACGUUACACAUCAGGAGUUACUACCGCGCUGAGGAGGACGCCACUGUUACCACCACUCCGCUCCUCUUCGUCCACAAGCAGCGGCUCAGACGCCCCAGUGGUUCUCGGCGCGUCAAAUGCGAGGACCCAGACGACCCGGGUAGCGAGGACACUGAAGAAGGUGAGGAGGACGUCCUCUCUCAGAUCAAACGCUCGCUGGACAUCGGGGAGUAUGUGGCCGACAACAAGGGUCCACAUGACUCUGAGGGGAGGCCAGGCAACACCGGGGAGGAAGCGGGGAUGAUGGGGAGGAGAGGAGACGAACUGCAAGGGGAGGUGGAGAGAGUGACCGCUUCCAGUAACUUUCCUCUUGAUGCAGGUGCCCGAGGUGUCCCAGAGCACCAGUUCCCUACAGGUCCAGGCAGUCGUGGCCCGAGGUCUUACCUGCGCACUGCCGGCCGGCCUUCCAUCUUCAGACCUGGCCACGCUCAGAGCAACACAGCCCACCCACUGAGGAUCGUGAUCCAGCACAUACCGGAGGCCAACCCAGGUGAGGGUGAGGACGACGGCACUCGUCAGGUGAUCCUCAUACUGCCUGACAAAGUGGGAGAGCAACCGGGGGACGUGGCCGCCCUCCUCCCCUCCCUCGGCCUUACUACCUCCCCAGCCGACUGUGUCUCCAUCGCCGCCGUUCAGUCUAAGCACCUUCAGCACCUCCAGCACCCAGGAGACCAGCUGCAAGACACAUCUCAGGACCAACACAUCGUAGUGGGACAUUCUCACAGUCAGCCACAGUCAACCAAGGACCCACCUGACGGCGCUGUCAUCGUACAGACGGAUCAGGUAAUCACCCUUGACACACAGGUGGUGGCCGAUGCUACGAUUAUCUCGGGGGAGUCAGGUGUUGCUUCCCAGCAUCAGAAUCCGAUGAUGUUGUGUUCUCAGGCGCACCACCGACAGCAGCACCACCAUCAUCACCAUCACCAGCAGCAGAUUCUUCACACGGCUCAUGUCUUUAAUCCCCUACAAGUUGUAGCUGAGGCAGCCGAGGUGUUGACACAAGGCGAAGGUCUCACUCCUCACACUCACGAGGUAUUGGCUCAAACUCCAGUGUCUCGGGAAGCUCUAACUCAAACUACAGUAAAUCAUGAGGUUCUGAAUCAACCUCCAGUGUCAGAAGAGGUUAUGAGUCAUCCUCAAAUUACUCAAGAAGUCCUGACUCAGACUCAAGUUACUCAAGAGGUCCUAACUCACCCUCCAGUCACCCAGAAUAUUUUGACAAGACCUUCUAGUACUCAGGAGUCGCAUAUACUCGAGGCAGCAAUAUUUGAGGACGCCAGAGGUAGCCAAGCCCAAGAAGCAUCCAGCAUCCUGCAGCAAGAGGCAACACAGCUGAAUUUUGUGAACGAGCAGGAAGUACCUUCAGGAGACCAAUCGAAACGCCAGGGCGAGGAAGAAGGCGCUGGAGAAAUUAUAUACUCCUUCACCCUCCAGUAAGUGCGUUGAUGAACUGGCAAAUCCCGAGUCUAAAUACAUGAAGAAUUUGCUUCAAACAAUAAAUGAAGCAAUGGAAGAGAACUCAAGAUAACGCCUCAUGACAAACAGGAAGAAUGUCCCUUAUGUUUAUUGUUUAUACACUUGGCUUUAAUAUGAUUUAUUCUCUUACAGUAUUAUUUAUUGUGAUCACAUAGGUAGCAAUAUUUAAUCCAGCAAGUUGCCUACGGAGCAUCAAGUGUCGAAAGCCUUAAUCUGACACUGGUGCAUCUGAGAAUGUUACUCACUGUAAUGAUUUCUGGCACACUUGAUUCACCUCCGGUAGAGUUCCUACAUCAGUGUCGUGUUUACGUCUGUGACUCAGGCACAGACCGCAGGAUAAUUAAGCCCCUCUUGCUCGCGUCGCUCUUGAGGACACUGAAUAUUGUUAGACUCUUUAUUAACUCGUGUUUCUUCUAUUUAGUAUUAAAUAUAUAAAUUUGAAGUAAUACAUCUAUGCAAUAUGUAUGCACAGUUAAUUUAUAAUGCAAAAAGUAAUAUUACCGUGUUAGUGUUAAGAGUCAUAUAUGUACAGUACAGGACAUUCUCGACCUGAGUU